UCUCUCCUCUCUUCUCUCUCAACCUUCUCUCUUCUCAACCUUUUUUUUUUCAAAAAAACUCAAUAACUAACCCUCAUUCAAAAUGAAGUUCUCAACUGUUAUCGCAAUCCUCUCCGUCGCCGCUGUUGCAUCAGCAGCUCCUCAAGGUAACGCACCUGCCGCAGGAUCAUGCUCCACCGGUACAGCACAAUGCUGCUCCAGUGUUAAGGAUGGUCAAGAAGCCACCCGCGCUGCUGACUUGCUCGGUUUGCAAGACUUGGUCGGUGCCGUCGGUUUGGGAUGCCAAAAGAUCCCAGUUAACGUCAUCGGUGUUGCCGCAAACGUUGACAACCAAUGCAAGUCCACCCCAGUUUGUUGCCAAGGUGACAGCCACAACGGUUUGGUCCAACUUGAUUGCACACCAUUGCCAAUCAACUAAGCGUUUCAUUAACGCCGCCGUUCAACAGAAGUCGAAUCAAAUGAAAGCGCGCUUUUCAUUCCCUUUCUUGUUUCGCCUUCUUUCUUUUUAAUACAGACACAUCAUUUGUAUGGACAUUUUACACUUUAUAGUCUUUAUUGACAUUUCAUUAUAUUCCCCC